CUCACCCAUAUCCCGGACGAGAUUCCGAAGGAAAUUUCGUUUCUACUCUUCGGCAUCCCACUAGGAAAACAACAAGGGUGAGAAACAGAGCCGCCGCCUCCAGUUGCGCGCCAGGAAUCUCUAUUGGAAGAGAUGACCAUGAGACUGGGCCCCUUGUUGUUGGUCCUUGUGCUGGGUCUGGUUUUGACCCCACCAACUCUGGCUCAGAAUGAUGACGCCAGGUAUAUCAAAUUCCUGACUCAGCACUAUGAUGCCAAUCCGAAGGGCCGGGACGACAGAUACUGUAAUCGUAUGAUGGUGGAUCGAAAGCUGACCUCUCCCUGCAAAGAUCGCAACACCUUUAUUCAUGACAACAAGAAAAGCAUCAGGGCCAUCUGUGGAGAAGGCGGAAAUCCUUACAACAAUAACUUAAGAAUAAGCAUCUCUAAAUUCCAGGUCACCACUUGCAAGCAUUCAGGAGGGUCUCCCUUGCCUCCGUGCCGGUACCGAGCCUCCAAGGAUUUCAGACGCAUUGUUAUUGCCUGUGAAAACGGCUUUCCUGUCCACUUUGACGAGUCUAUUAUCAGUCCAAAGCAAGCAGGCCCCUCGCCCAGAGAUGGUUCUGCUUCCUUUAAUCCCCUCUUAACCCACAACAGUGAUGGCAACCUUCACUGUCAGUGGCCAGAAAAGGAAGUAUCUGAAACUUCUGUCUCCUGAUUUAUGAUGCACAUAAAUAAAGAUGUCUCUAAAGCCAUUAACAAUCCGUCUGGAAGAAUCACUAGUUCCUAGAUAAUUUAGCUUUUCAUAUGUUUUCUACUCAGCUGCUCCCUGGGAUGAGAGGCAGGAGCAGAGAUGUUCUUCCUUACCUGCUAAUCAAUGGUAGACUUCAUCUUCCUGUGGUGGUGAGGAUGAUAAUUGAUUUACAGAUGGGACAGAUGGGGAUUUUCGAAAGAGUCAAGUAAUAGGUCACCAAAGAAGCCUUUAGGGAAAGGGUUCCGACUAAGAGCCGACACACCAAAGAUAUCCUCCCCACCCACUCCUCCUUUCCCUUACAUGCACAGCACACAAACCAGCAUGAGACUGUGAGCACUGAGGGGCAGACACAACAUCAUGCUGCCCAUCCUCAGCAACUUAAUGAGUUCCAUUUAUUUUUUUAGGGACCUCAACUCUGGCCAAACCAGAUUCAUGGUUUCACACACAGAAAAGAAUUUCAAGACUAGUCUGUGUGAAGCAGAGUUGGGGAUUUUUACCAAUGAUAACCAUCUUAACAUAGGCUAUCAACAUAAAGGUUGUGAGAGAGGCACUCAGAAAGUGCGACAUACCCAAAUGUGGGUGUGGGCUUCCCAACUGAGAGUCUUGGAUUAGUCAUAUGUACAAGUCGGGUGCCUCUCAAGUCACUUCGUAAAAGGCUGCUAGGA